AUGAAUUCCACAAUUAGAAAACUUCCUGGCUCCAAAAAGGAAUUCCCUUUCGUUAAAAGCGUCGUGGACCACCGGAGACCCGCCAGCUCGAAGGUGCAGAAUGUACCGGCUGUGCACAGCAAAUCGGACGUACAGAAACCCAGACCUGGAAAGGCCGUUUCUGCAAAAGGAAUCGCCGGACCAGUGAGUCUCCAGAACCGCCCGGCUUGGGAUCCGUCCACCAAGAUUGAACCCACUCCAGUUCUUUACAUCAAGCCAUUGCCGGGCACGAGAAAGACACAAGAAGAUCUACCAAACAAGUCUUUCAAGGCUCGACCCGUACCAAUUAGCCACGCCAAGCCUUUCCGACCCAUUUUACCCAGUAAAAUCCUCAAAUUCACCGGAACACAAACAUCCAACGAUGAGUUUGUUACUGGACAAGAAAAAUCGGACAACAAACAGGUUGAUGAAGCCACCAGCAAACCGGAAGAGUUGACGGCCGAGAGCCCUCAAGCGCCUCAUGAAACCAUUGAGAUCCCUGAGAAGGCGGCAGAAACGCCAGCUGGAUCAGCCGAUCCUGGACUAGUGAGUUGCGAAGAGCAAUCGGUGGUUGACCCGGUUUUACCGACCAUAAAGCCACAAGAAAACGUGCUCAUUGAAGAAAUCAAAGUGAAAGAGAACGAGGUCGUUGACGAGAAAGAACAAUCCGUUGACCUUCCGGAAGCUGAAGCAGAAAUGCCCACCGGAGCAGAGGACCCUGGAUUAAUGAGCAGCGUAUUGCAAUCAGUGGUUGAUCCGGUUUUACCGUCCCCAACACCAGAAAACGGCAUUCCGAUUGACGAAACCGAAGUGAACGAGGUCACUGGCGAGAAAGAACAGGUCGUUCAGCUUCCGGCUGCUGAAAUGCCAGCCGAAGCUGAGGAUCCUGGACUAUUCAGCCGCAUGUGGCGUUCGAUGGUUGAUCCCAUUUUGGGCCAAAGGAAACCAGAUAACGAAGGAACAGGACAAACUGAGGAGGUUGCUGUCAAGCACCCAGAAUCCGAAGUGCCUCCUGUAACUGAAGAGCCUGGUGUUCCAGCGGCUACUGAAACGGAAUCACCAGCCAUCGAAGAGGUUGUUAUUCCAUCGGUUGGGGAGAAGGAAUCGCCGGUUGUCGAAGAGAGUGCCAUGCCAUCGGUUGAAGAAAAGAAAGAUGAAUCGCCAGAAGUGGCAAAAGAAGUGGUAGAAGAUCAGCCGAUGGCAGGGCCGUCUUCCGACGAAGGUGCAGUGAGGAAAUAUCCUCCGGGUUAUGGAUCGAAAAAGGAAAGGAUCAGAAAGGCUUUGGAGAAAAAGGGGAUCAUGCCCGGCGAUGAGCUGCCACCGAAAAAACCGUUCAAAAACCAAGGACGCAAGCGUUCAAAAUCACCAUCCCUUAUGGAAAUCUACGAGAACUUGUUGAAGGCUCCUCCUUACAAAGAGAGUGACUAA